AUGGCCUCCCGAUUCUCUAUGCGCCGGCUGCUCAAGCCAUUGGCGUACGGCACAGGUCUGGCCGUGGCAGGUACCGCAGGCAUGUACAUCAUUUACCGUCCUCGAAACGUCCCGGGAGCAGAAACGCUCGCGCCGAAACCGCCCAAACGAGACGAGCACGGAAAUAUCAUCCCUCCCAAAUUCCCCUACAUCAAGACGAGAGCCGAACAGAUUGCCGACCUCAAGAAAUCGUCCUCGGCGCCGUCCUCGGAAAUCUACGACCUUCUCGUCAUUGGCGGCGGAGCUACAGGUACCGGCAUUGCCCUGGACGCAGCCACGAGAGGCUUGAAGGUGGCAAUUGUGGAAAGAGAUGAUUUCAGCAGCGGCACAAGCAGCAAAUCUACCAAGCUCGUCCAUGGCGGGGUUCGAUAUCUUGAGAAAGCAGUGUGGAAUCUUGACUACAAUCAAUACCAGCUCGUCAGAGAGGCUCUAAGAGAACGGAAAAGUUUCCUGUACACUGCACCCCAUCUGUCGUCCUGGCUUCCGAUUAUGCUGCCCCUACAGGCGUGGUGGCAGGCACCGUACUUCUGGGCGGGAACCAAAUUCUAUGAUUUCCUGGCCGGAUCAGAGGGAAUCGAAAGCUCUUACUUUCUGCCGCGAAGUAAGGCCCUAGAAGCAUUCCCCAUGUUGAAGAAGGAGAAUCUUGUCGGUGCUCUUGUGUACUAUGACGGCCAGCAUAACGAUUCAAGGAUGAACAUUUCCCUGGCCAUGACCGCAACAUUAUACGGGGCCACAUCGGUCAACCAUCUGGAAGUGACAGGCCUGGAGAAGGAUGCAAACGGCAAACUCACAGGUGCCCGAGUACGAGAUCUGAUCGCGGACAAGGAUGGAAAAGGCAACAGCGGAGAGUUCGUUGUCAAAGCGAAAGGCAUCAUCAACGCGACAGGCCCGUUUUCCGACGCUAUUCGGCAAAUGGACUCCCCCGGCGACAAGGAUAUUGUCGCCCCGAGCUUGGGAGUACACGUUGUUCUCCCCGGCUACCUCAGUCCUGAAAACAUGGGCCUCAUCGACCCCUCCACAUCUGACGGGCGUGUCAUCUUCUUCCUCCCAUGGCAAGGUAAUACCAUCGCUGGGACAACGGACGCGCCCUGUGCCAUCUCCCAGAACCCAGUGGCCGGAGAGAAAGAUAUUGAGUGGAUAUUGAAUGAGAUCCGGACGUAUCUCACACCCGACAUCGAUGUGCGGAGGUCGGAUAUCCUUGCUGCCUGGUCAGGAAUACGUCCUCUCGUCCGUGAUCCUAACUCCAAAAAGACGGAAGCCCUGGUCCGGAGUCAUCUUGUCACUGUCUCAGACUCCGGGUUGCUGACUUGCGCCGGCGGCAAAUGGACGACAUACCGACAGAUGGCUGAAGACGCCGUCGAUAAGGCGAUCGAAGCAUUCAAACUGCAACCGAAACCCAUCAGCUACGUCCCAGACAUCAGCGGUGUCAAUGGGAUCGAUCCCUCCGUGAGUCUCCUCAAUGGAACCUGUCAGACGCAUCAUAUCCGCCUGAUUGGAGCUCACGGGUACUCAACUACCCUCUUCAUCAACCUUAUCCAGCACUUCGGCCUCGACCCAGACGUUGCAAAGCACUUGGCCAGCGACUAUGGCGACCGGGCUUGGGAUGUCGCGGCGCUGGCCUCUCCCACGGACAACACGGAACACUAUCCCCUCCGUGGUCAGCGACUGUCAUCAUUGUAUCCAUUCAUCGACGGUGAAGUCCGCUAUGCCGUCCGCAGUGAAUAUGCGCAAACCGCGGUCGAUGUCCUCGCGAGACGCACCAGGCUGAGCUUCCUGAAUGCGCAGGCUGCGCUGCAUGCUUUGCCCAAGGUGAUUGAUAUCAUGGCUGAAGAACUGAAGUGGAGUGAGAAGAGAAAGCAGACAGAGUGGAAAGACACUGUGACAUUCCUGGCCAGCAUGGGUCUGCCGAGCGAUUUGCUGCAGAUCACUCGCGAGCAAGUUUUGAAGGGAGAAGUGUCUUCGCGGAUUCUGGCACCUCCGAAGGGCAACUCAGAAGGUCCCGUCCCUCUGAAACCGACACUUCAGCCAGUGUCGGAGGCUCACGGGCCUUUGCCAUGA